UGACAUAAAAACAAACUUAAAUGUGUUGUGUAUGUGUAGUGUUAUGUAUUUUUUUUUUCGUUUUGUUAUUUUUAUUUUUUUAAUCAUAUCACGAAAUACAUAUGGGUAUGGUAAAGGUCGAACACUGGUGAACGCAUGUGUGCCAAAGACAAGAUUAUAUUUUUUUAGUACGGCCACAGAGUUAUAGCCGGACAGUCUGGACUACUAUUUACUUCUGCUCCGGCAUAAUACAACACAAUAAUCACGCAGAAAUUUUAUGUCCAAGACAAGUUAAAUAUAUAUAAACAAAAAUAUAUUAACAACAAAUGAUCAUAUAGAAAUCAAAAAUAGAUUUAUAUUAUUCUACCUCAAUAAAAAGUCAUUUGAAUAAAUUAAAAAAGAAAUAAAAAUAUUAAUUAAAUAAAUAUGUAUUCGGCACAUAGAGCAAGCAGGGCCUUGGCUCAUCAACGUACUAUAUAUCGUAUAUUAAAUCAAAAUUUUGGCACAGAUGUCCAGUACAAACCAAUACGUAGUGUAUUAGUUGCAAAUCGUGGUGAAAUAGCAAUACGUGUUUUUCGUGCAUGUAAUGAAUUGGGUAUAAGAUCAGUUGCAAUUUAUUCUGAACAAGAUAAAAUGCAAAUGCACAGACAAAAAGCUGAUGAAGGAUAUAUUGUUGGUAAAGGGCUACCACCAGUUGCUGCAUAUUUAAAUAUACCAGAAAUAAUAAGAAUUGCACAAGAAAAUAAUAUUGAUGCAAUACAUCCUGGUUAUGGUUUUUUAUCUGAAAGAUCAGAUUUUGCACAAUCAGUUGUUGAUGCUGGUAUUAGAUUUAUUGGUCCAAGUCCAAAAGUUGUACAACAAAUGGGUGAUAAAGUUGCUGCUAGACAAGCAGCAAUUGCUGCUGGUGUACCAAUUGUACCUGGUACUGAUGGACCAGUUACAACAGCUGAUGAAGCAAUGUCAUUUUGUCAAAAACAUGGUCUUCCAGUAAUAUUUAAAGCUGCAUAUGGUGGUGGUGGACGUGGUAUGAGAGUUGUACGACAAAUGGAAGAAGUUACAGAAAUGUUUAAUCGUGCAUCAUCUGAGGCUAAAGCAGCAUUUGGUGAUGGUGCAAUGUUUAUUGAAAAAUUCAUUGAACGUCCACGUCAUAUUGAAGUACAAUUACUUGGUGAUAAAGCUGGUAAUGUUGUACAUCUUUAUGAACGUGAUUGUUCAGUACAAAGACGUCAUCAAAAAGUUGUUGAAAUUGCACCAGCACCAUCACUUAAUGAAAAUGUACGUAAUAAAAUGACUGAACAUGCUGUUAAAUUAGCACGUCAUGUUGGUUAUUCAAAUGCUGGUACAGUUGAAUUUUUAGUUGAUGAAACUGGUAAUUUUUAUUUUAUUGAAGUUAAUGCAAGAUUACAAGUUGAACAUACUGUUACUGAAGAAAUAACUGGUAUUGAUUUGGUACAAUCACAAAUUAGAAUUGCUGAAGGUAUGACAUUACCUGAACUUGGUAUGACACAAGAUAAAAUUCAUACACGUGGUUAUGCAAUACAAUGUCGUGUUACAACUGAAGAUCCAGCUAAAAAUUUUCAACCAGAUACUGGAAGAAUUGAAGUAUUUAGAUCUGGUGAAGGUAUGGGAAUUAGACUUGAUUCAGCAUCAGCAUUUGCUGGUGCAAUUAUAUCACCAUAUUAUGAUUCACUACUUGUUAAAGUUAUUGCACAUUCUUGUGAUUUACAAUCAUCAUGUGCUAAAAUGAAUCGUGCAUUAAGAGAAUUUCGUAUACGUGGUGUUAAAACAAAUAUACCAUUUUUAUUAAAUGUUUUGGAAAAUCAAAAAUUUUUAAAUGGCAAUGUUGAUACAUAUUUUAUUGAUGAAAAUCCACAAUUAUUUAAAUUUCAAACAAGCAGAAAUAGAGCACAAAAAUUACUUAAUUAUAUUGGUACUGUACUUGUUAAUGGACCAUCUACACCAUUGGCAACACAACUUAAACCAGCUACAAUUAAACCACACAUUCCUACUAUUCCUGUUGACUAUACUAAACUUGCAGCUGUUGAAGACGAAGAUGCGGACAUUGCAGAUAUUUUGGAGCCACCAAAAGGUCUACGUCAUAUACUUUUAGAACAAGGUCCAGAAGGUUUUGCAAAAGCAGUAAGAAAUGAAAAAAAAUUACUCUUAAUGGACACAACAUUUCGUGAUGCUCAUCAGUCACUUUUAGCAACGAGAAUUCGUUCACAUGAUUUAUUAAACAUAUCACCAUAUGUAGCUCAUAAAUUUAAUAAUCUUUAUUCACUUGAAAAUUGGGGUGGUGCAACAUUUGAUGUGGCACUACGUUUUCUUCAUGAAUGUCCAUGGGAACGUUUAGAAGCUAUGAGAAAAGCAAUACCAAAUAUACCAUUUCAAAUGUUAUUACGUGGUGCAAAUGCUGUUGGUUAUACAAAUUAUCCUGAUAAUGUUGUUUAUAAAUUUUGUGAUUUAUCAGUUAAAUGUGGUAUGGAUAUAUUUCGUGUAUUUGAUUCAUUAAAUUAUUUGCCAAAUUUAAUAUUGGGUAUGGAAGCUGCUGGUAAAGCUGGUGGUGUUGUUGAAGCAGCAAUAUCAUAUACUGGUGAUGUUAGUGAUUUAUCACGUCAAAAAUAUGAUCUUAAAUAUUAUACAAAUUUAGCUGAUGAAUUAGUUAAAGCUGGUACACAUGUAUUGUGUAUUAAAGAUAUGGCUGGUUUAUUAAAACCAAAAGCUGCUGGUAUAUUAAUUGAUGCAAUAAGACAAAAACAUCCAGAUAUACCAAUACAUAUACAUACACAUGAUACAGCUGGUGCUGGUGUUGCUGCAAUGCUUGAAUGUGCUAAAGCUGGUGCUGAUGUUGUUGAUGUUGCUGUUGAUAGUAUGUCAGGUAUGACAAGUCAACCAUCAAUGGGUGCAAUUGUUGCAUCAUUACAAGGUACUGAUAUUGAUACAAAUUUUGAUUUACGUGAUGUAUCAGAGUAUUCAGCAUAUUGGGAACAAACAAGAACAUUAUAUGCACCAUUUGAAUGUACAACAACAAUGAAAUCUGGUAAUGCUGAUGUUUAUUUAAAUGAAAUACCAGGUGGACAAUAUACUAAUUUACAAUUUCAAGCAUAUUCAUUGGGUCUUGGUGAAUUUUUUGAAGAUGUUAAAAAAGCAUAUAGAGAAGCAAAUUUAUUACUUGGUGAUAUUAUUAAAGUAACACCAAGCUCAAAAGUUGUUGGUGAUUUUGCACAAUUUAUGGUACAAAAUAAAUUAACAGCAAAUGAUGUUUUAGAUAAAGCUGAAGAAUUAUCAUUUCCAAAAUCAGUUGUUGAAUUUUUACAAGGUGCUAUUGGUGAACCACAUGGAGGUUUUCCAGAACCAUUAAGAUCAAAAAUACUCAAAGAUAUGCCAAGAGUUAAUGGUAGACCUGGUGAAUCUUUAUCACCAUUAGAUUUUAAUAAAUUAGAAAAAGAAUUAAGAGAUAAUCAUCCAACAAUUACGGAAAAUGAUGUUAUGUCAGCAGCACUUUAUCCACAAGUUACAAAUGAUUAUUUAACAUUUAGAGAAAAUUUUGGACCAGUUGAUAAAUUAGAAACAAGAAUAUUUUUAACUGGACCAAAAGUUGGUGAAGAAUUCGAUGUUACUAUUGAAAAAGGUAAAACAUUGGGAAUUAAAACAUUGGCAAUGGCUGAAGAUCUUACACCAAAUGGUGAAAGAGAAGUAUUUUUUGAAAUGAAUGGACAACUUAGAUCUGUUUUUAUUAAAGACAAAGAAGCUGUCAAGGAACUUCAUAUUCAUCCAAAAGCAAAUAAAAGUGAUAAAGAUCAAGUUGGUGCACCAAUGCCUGGUACUGUUAUAGAUUUGAGGGUAAAAGUUGGUGAUACUGUUGAAAAAGGUGCUGCACUUGUUGUCAUAUCAGCCAUGAAAAUGGAAAUGGUUGUACAAGCACCAAAAGCUGGCAAAAUAAAAAGUCUUGAUGUCAAAUCAGGAUCCAAAAUUGAGGGUGAUGAUUUACUUCUCACAAUGGAAUAAGUUUUUUUUUUUUUUUUUUUUCUUAUUUGAACAGCCACAUACUGCCGCCCUGCGGGUUCAUUUAUAUCCUGUUUAUAAAUUAAAAAAAAAAAAUCCAUCACAAUUAUUAUAAUCAAUUUUUGUAGAUCAACUUUGAUACCAAACGAAUUUAAGAAACGAAUUAAAAUAAGAAAAUAUAAUAUAUCAAUUGAGUGAAAAAUAUAUAAUAUAAAAUUAUUGUCAAUACGAAAAAUAACCGAAUGAAAGUGCCAA